AUUUUAUUUAAAUGAAACAAAAAAAUCCCAAUUCAAUUGUACACAACAGAAAGAGCCUAACGAGAAAAAUGCAAUCGGCGAAACAGAAGCUAAGCGAUAUGGCUAGUACCGCCAAGGAGAGGAUGGUGGUAUGUGAAGCAAAAGCGGCUGAGAAGGCGGAACAGGCGAUGGCACGUACAAAAGAGGAAAAAGAGAUAGCACACCAACGUCGAAAGGCCAAGGAAGCAGAGGCUAACAUGGAUAUGCACAUGGCUAAAGCUACUCAUGCCGAGGAAAAGCUUAUGGCUAAGCAAUCUCACUACCACCUUUCUCAAGGUCACGUGACUCAUGGCGCCCCUGUGCCGGCUCCUGCGCCAGUUAUAGGACAUGGUUACAGGCAUAAUCCUCCCGGGGUCACAUCUGUACCACCCGCGGCGUACCCUCCUCCUCCGACGGGGCCUCAUCAUCAUCAUCCUUAUGGAAACGUUUAGUGACUUCUUUAUAAGUUAAAAAAAAAACUGGAAUACUUUGAAUAGUUAGUAAGACGUUGAGAUGACUUACUUUAUAGACGUUUUAAUUACUGAAGCUAUCUCAUAUUAGGAGUGAGCACGGAACCUGAAGUCUGUUUCGUGUCUAGAUAAGUUUUUACCCGA